GCCGAAGCGGGUGACACGCCGAGACUCCCGCUGAGGUAAAGAGACCGCGGCUGAGGUGGAGAGACCAGAGGUCGCUAUGGAAGACAAAGGGCACCUUGUAAAGGUCUAUAUGCUUAAUGAAGACCAAGAGUGGGACAAUAUAGGCAUCGGCUACGUCUCAUUCACUUAUGUGGAGCAGUUCGAGGGCGUGGCCAUGCUGGUUCGAUCUGAGUCGGACGACUCCGUGAUCUUGGAGACAAAGAUAAAUACAAACGAGCCCUAUCAGAAACAGCAAGGGACUUUAAUUGUCUGGACUCAUUCUGACAACCGUGAUGUGGCGUUAAGUUUCCAGGACGAAGGAAGUUGCCACGAGAUCUGGGAAGCCAUUUGCCGGCUUCAAGGAAACCCGACCAUCGAAAUCACACAGGACCUGUUGGAAGAAGCCGGAGAGGAACCACCCGACGAAAUGCUAGAUCCCGGGAGUCUCAUCGACCUGCCGAACUGUGAGCUCAAUACGCUUGAACAGAUUUCUGCCUUAGUUACCUCGGUUCUCACCUCGCCUAGACGUGAGGAAAGUCUGGCUGUGCUCUUGGAAAAUGAGGACUAUAUUAAAAAGCUACUGCAGCUGUUCCACAUUUGUGAGAACCUGCGGGAUAUGGAAGGCUUGCACUAUUUGCAUAAAAUUAUUAAAGGAAUCUUAUUCCUCAACAAGACCUCUCUGCUUGAGGUCCUUUUUUCGGAAGAGUGUAUCAUGGAUGUGGUGGGAUGCCUUGAAUACGAUCCUGCUUUGGCUCAGCCGCAAAGGCAUCGGGAAUUCCUGACCCAACAUGCAAAGUUCAAGGAAGUUGUACCAAUAACUGACUCUGAACUUAGGCAAAAAAUACAUCAGACGUACAGGGCACAGUACAUUUACGACAUCGUUUUGCCUGUGCCAUCCCCGUUUGAAGAGAAUGUUCUUUCCACUGUUAUUGCUUUUAUUUUCUUCAACAAGGUUGAGAUAGUCAGCAUGCUGCAGGAAGAUGACAAAUUUUUGUCUGACGUUUUUGCACAGCUAAGAGAUAAGACUAUCAGUGAUGACAGACGGCGCGAAUUGGUAUUCUUUUUCAAGGAAUUCUGUGAAUUUUCUCAGAGUUUACAGCCUGAAAGCAAGGAUGCACUAUUCACGACACUGACAGAAUUGGGAAUUCUUCCUGCUCUUAAAAUUGUAAUGAGCGUGGAUGAUUUGCAAAUAAGGUCAGCUGCUACUGAUAUAUUCACUUAUCUGUUGGAGCACAGUCCAUCCAUGAUCCAAGAAUUUAUAAUGGAGGAAGCCCAGCAGAGUGAAGAUGGUAACCUUUUCAUCAAUUUAGUAAUUGGACAAAUGGUCUCUGAUCCUGAUCCUGAGCUAGGAGGUGCUGUUCGUUCAGUGGAACUUCUUCGUGCUCUGCUUAAUCCAGACAACAUGCUGGGGACACCUGGUAAAUGUGAAAGAAGUGAAUUUCUAAAUUUCUUCUAUAAACACUGUAUGCAUAACUUCAUAGCACCACUUUUGGCCGCCACUUCAGAAGAGAUUUGUGAAGAAAAGAAUAUAGCUGGAUCUGACAAAAGCAACAAAUAUUGCUUCAAUAAUUAUCAAACAGCACAGCUGCUUUCCUUAAUUUUAGAGCUGCUCACAUUUUGUGUGCAACAUCACACAUAUCACAUUAAAAGCUAUAUUUUCAGCAAGGACUUGCUAAGAAGAGUCUUGAUCUUGAUGAAUUCAAAGCACACUUUCCUGGUCUUGUCUGCUGUUCGCUUUAUGAGAAGCAUGGUUGGCCUCCAAGAUGAAUUUUAUAAUGAUUACAUCAUCAAGGGAAAUUUAUUUCAGCCGGUUGUAAAUGUCUUUCUGGAUAAUGGAAAUCGGUACAAUAUGUUGAAUUCAGCAGUUAUUGAACUGUUCGAAUACAUAAGAGAGGAAAAUAUCAAGCCUCUUGUUGCACAUAUAGUUGAAAAGUUUUACAAGGCAUUUGAAUCGAUUGAAUAUGUUCAGACAUUCAAAGGAUUGAAGAUUAACUAUGAAAAAGAGAAAGACCAGCAGAGUCAAAUACAGAAGAAUUUACUUUCCACGCUGUUUCAUAAAGUGUUUCACAGCAGUAGCAAAGUCCUGGAGGAGAAGGAAGAAAUGUGUUUUAAAGAAAGUAAAGAGGAAGAAGAAGCAGUUAGGCCACCGUUGGAAGAUGAUUUUGAAGAUCCUUCUGAUAAGUUUGUGGAGACGACAAACCCAAAAGAAAAUGAAGACAAGGUAGAUCUUCCGAAAAGAACGUCUUCUGGCAACUUCAAGUUUACUUCAUCCCAUUCUGCGAGUAUCCCAAGCAGUAGCAGCGUGAUCCGCUUAGUGGAUUAUCCAGAUGAUGAUGAAGAAGAUACGGAAGAGGAUACACCUCCUGGGAAAAGACCACAUCUUAGCUAGGAUAUAUUUCAGAAACAACUUUAACAGUGCAAUUGCAAAGCUUAUAACAUUACUUGCCCGAUAGUUCUAGCUAUGGUUUUCUUUCCUUCAGUUGCUUUCUUUGAAAUAAAAAUUUAUGUUUAUGUUUAUAUGAAACACCAAGUCAAUUGUACUAAGAAAUAAAGUUAAGCUAUUCGUAUUUCUGUGAAGAUUUAACAAAAAUUUAAGCCUUAUGCGUGAUAACUUUGUGUUAUUUCAUGAAUAAAAUUGAAGUAACUUUGUGUGUUUCCAUCAAUAAAAAAGGAA